AUGUUGAGUAACGAGACUUUUCAGAGACAAUUAUCAACCAUUGUCGAGGUAUUAGUUGCAGCGGCAGUUGCGGAGAUGGGAAGACUCCUCGAUGAGUGCUCUGCUGCUGUUAUGCCUCUAAAGUUGGUCCAGCAGAAUGAGGGAAGUAUUUUGCUGAAGAGUAAACUUCAACGUGUGAACAAAACCAGUACAGUGAGUACAACAUUUGGUCGGUUACUGUUGGGAAAACGAGUUUGCAGGCGACUGGCGACAAACUUGGCUAGCAAGCAAACUUUUACCAGGGGUGUACAGUAUUCAUUACGUUGUACAACGGAAACCGUUUAGAACCAAAUGGAAGCAAACUGAACGACACUGGGAGUGCCCUAAUUUAUCCAAUAGAAACUCUCGUUUUGUUGCAAAACGUUUCUGGAAAACGAACAAACACUUGCCAUUUUUUUAGUUUACUUCAAACGGUAAACGUUUUACAACGAAAACGAGAGUUUAUUUGAAAAAUUAUGGUAGGUCCCUCCCCGUUUCGUUCUAUUUGCUUCCGUUUGUUUGUUAAACGGUUUCCGUUACAAUACGUAAUGCAUAUACCCCAUCUAACGUUAGUUAGCUACCUACUAGCUCACAAACUAUGCAGCAUUCUGCCUUCUCCCUACAGUUUUCAGCCAUUAGUUUCGCCCAUGACUGCCUCAUGUGAACUACAAUCCCGACGCUGUGUUAAGGUUUAGAAACGUCAAUAAUCAUUGCUUCCUGUACUGUUUUUGAAACAUAUGGCCCCUGGCCUUAUCUUUCAUCAGGUAGAAAGAAUCCUUCAGUUUUUCACAGAUCCAUACAGCAAUGGGUGCCUCUAUCCGACGAAACAACACUUCCACUACACUUCCGAGUUACACUUAUACACAGGUGGUCGGAACAUGCUAGAUAGGUAAUUAGCACAGGUAGUCGCCUCUUGUCUUAAGUCUCUUUUCUGUAAACAAGCUCUGUAACAGAUUGAUACGGCCGUGUGGGAACACUAACCCUAUCAAGGUGUGUAUACAUUUUAACCUUUGGUUUUUUGAAAAUUAUUUCCAGGUGAUAUGAAAGAUAAGGUCCUUAUGCUUCCAAAACCGUACCGCAAGCGAUGCAAACUGAGCGUCUAGGAUCUUAACAAAACUCCCCCUUACAGAAGACUGCUUCGUCCAAUGACUUAUGUGUAAUGGAACUGAGUCAUUGUCAAGGGCUAGCUACUUACAGUUGAAGUCGGAAGUUUACAUACACUUAGGUUGGAGUCAUUAAAACUCGUUUUUCAACCACUCCACACAUUUCUUGUUAACAAACUAUAGUUUUGGCAAGUCGGUUAGGACACUUACUUUGUGCAUGACACAAGUAAUUUUAACAAUUGUUUACAGACAGAUUAUUUAACUUAUAAUUCACUGUAUCACAAUUCCAGUGGGUCAGAAGUUGACUGUGCCUUUAAACAGCUUGGAAAAUUCCAGAAAAUGAUGUCAUGGCUUUAGAAGCUUCUGAUAGGCUAAUUGACAUCAUUUGAGUCAAUUGGAUGUGUACCUGUGGAUGUAUUUCAAGGCCUACCUUCAAACUCAGUGCCUCUUUGCUUGACAUCAUGGGAAAAUCAAAAUGAAAUCAGGCAAGACCUCAAAAGUAGAAAAAAAGUAGACCUCCACAGGUCUGGUUCAUCCUUGGGAGCAAUUUCCAAAUGCGUGAAGGUACCACGUUCAUCUGUACAAACAAUAGUACGCAAGUAUAAACACCAUCGGACCACGCAGCCGUCAUACCGCUCAGGAAGGAGACGCGUUCUGUCUCCUAGAGAUGAAUGUACUUUGGUGCGAAAAGUGCAAAUCAAUCCCAGAACAACAGCAAAGGACCUUGUGAAGAUGCUGGAGGGAAUAGGUACAAAAGUAUCUAUAUCCAUAGUAAAACGAGUCCUAUAUCGACAUAACCUGAAAGGCUGCUCAGCAAGGAAGAAGCCACUGCUCCAAAACCGCCAUAAAAAAGCCAGACUACGGUUUGCAACUGCACAUGGGGACAAAGAUCGUACUUUUUGGAGAAAUGUCCUCUGGUCUGAUGAAACAAAAAUAGAACUGUUUGGCCAUAAUGACCAUCGUUAUGUUUGGAGGAAAAAGGGGUUUGCUUGCAAGACGAAGAACACCAUCCCAACCGUGAAGUAUGGGGUGGCAGCAUCAUGCUGUGGGGGUGCUUUGCUGCAGGAGGGACUGGUGCACUUCACAAAAUAGAUGGCAUCAUAAGGAAGGAAAAUUAUGUGGAUAUAUUGAAGCAACAUCUCAAGACAUCAGUCAGGAAGUUAAAGCUUGGUCGCAAAUGUGUCUUCCAAAUGGACAAUGACCCCAAGCAUACUUCCAAAGUUGUGGCAAAAUGGCUUAAGGACAACAAAGUCAAGGUAUUGGAGUGGCCAAAGCCCUGACCUCAAUCCUAUAGAAAAUCUGUGGGCAGAACUGAAAAAGCAUGUGUGAGCAAGGAGGCCUACAAACCUGACUCAGCUAUGUCAGGAGGAAUGGGCCAAAUUUCACCCAACUUAUUGUGGGAAGCUUGUGGAAGGCUACCCAAAACGUUUGACCCAAGUUAAAUAAUUUAAAGGUAAUGCUACCAAAUACUAAUUGAGUGUAUGUAAACUUCUGACCCACUGGGAAUGUGAUUAAAUAAAUAAAAGCUGAAAUAAAUCAUUCUCUACUAUUAUUCUGACAUUUCACAUUCUUAAAAUAGUGGUGAUCCUAACUGACCUAAGACAGGGAAUUUUUACUAGGAUUAAAUGUCAGGAAUUGUGAAAAACUGAGUUUAAAUGUAUUUGGCUAAGGUGUAUGUAAACUUCCGACUUCAACUGUACCUACUGAACCAAAGAUACUUCCCCUUUCAUCUGUGACUGAACUGUCGUUAGCCCACCUAGCUAGCUACCUGAACAUCAGUUGGAACCUGCUAGGUCACUAACUUCAUAUUUUAAUCUUUCAGAGACAAUUUUCAUCAUUCAUGGAGAUGUUGGGUAAAACAUCGUUGGAAAAAAUGGCGAUGUUAAUGAACGUGAUCAUGGUCGAAAAGGAGAAGACUGCCACAGGCAUGAGCGCACAACGGAGUGUCAGUCGGGCGAGGGGGACAGAGGAAGGAGCACCAAGAGGUACACACCCAUAGGGAAGAUGGCCUUUCUCCUUGUCUCCUUCUCAAAACCUAUUGGAGUGGGAGGGACCUCUGCAUGGCCUAAAAUUAAAACCCGCCAAAUGCGGGUGCCUAUUUCACCAGCCACGUGUGUGGGUGCAAGCAUUUCACCCGAAUUUGCAUAUACAAAGACGUUCAAAGUCAAGUAUGAGCACAUUAAUAGCAAAGUAAAUGCUGCAGUAGUUGCAAAUUACGAAUCCUAUAAUAUUCCACCCAAUUGUGUGGAAAUUUACUUAACUUUGUCCUUGUGUUUAUUGGCUAUUUACAUUGUUUGGUUCACAAGCUAGGUUGUUUUUCAAUGUUUGAGUUUGCUUCAAAUGCUAGUGAAGACAUAUCCACUACUAGUCAGAUUCUCUAUCUCACAGGCACAUUGUCACUGAUGACUCAAGCAGCUUGAGUGCCCUCAUUGCCACAGUAACCUCCCGCCUUAAGGGGGGGGGGGGGGGGGGGGGUUAAUGAUGAAGAACAAAUAUUUAGACUGGUUUAUAAAAUCUGGGUGCUUGGUAGAUAAUAAAAUAGUUUCAGGCCCUGGACCUCUGGCUUUCUCAUCCAAUGGGUUUUUAGAAGGAGACGAGGAGAGGGGAUGCGAGGAGUAUGGACAGUGCAUUCGGAAACUAUUUAGAACCCUUUACCUUUUCCACAUUUUGUUACGUUACAGCCUUAUUCUAAAACUAAUUAAAUGUUUUUUCCCUCAUCAAUCUACACACAAUACCCCAUAAGCAAAAACAGGUUUUUAGGAAUGAAUGCAAUUUUAUAAAAAAUUAACUGAAAUAUCACAUUUACAUAAGUAAUUUAUUCAGACCCUUUACUCAGUACUUUGUUGAAUCACCUUUGGCAGCGAUUACAGCCUAGAGUCAUCUUCGGGAUGAUCCUACAAGCUUGGCACACCUGUAUUUCGGUAGUUUCUCCCAUUCUUCCCUGCAAAUCCUCUCAAGCUCUGUUAGGUUGGAUGGGGAGCGUUGCUGCACAGCUAUUUUCAGGUCUCUCCAGAGAUGUUCGAUCGGGUUCAAGUCCGUGCUCUGGCUGGGCCACUCAAGGACAUUCAGAGACUUGUCCCGAAGCCCCUCCUGCGUUGUCUUGGCUGUGUGCUUAGGGUCGUUGUCCUGUUGGAAGGUUAAUCUUCUCCCCAGUUUGAGGUCCUGAGCGCUCUGGAGCAGGUUUUAAUCGAGGAUCUCUGCUUUCCCUCGAUCCUGACUAGUCUCCCAAUCCCUGCCUCUGAAAAACAUCCCCACAGCAGAAUGCUGCCACCACCAUGCUUCACCGUAGGGAUGGUGCCAGGUUUCCUCCAGACGUGACGCUUGGCAUUCAGGCCAAAGAGUUCAAUCUUGGUUUCAUCAGACCAGAGAAUCUUGUUUCUCAUGGUCUGAGAGUCCUUUAGGUGCCUUUUGGCAAACUCCAAGCAGGCUGUCGUGCCUUUUACUGAUGAGUGGCUUCCCCCUGGCUACUCUACCAUACGGCCUGAUUGAUGGAGUGCUGCAGAGGUUAUUGUACUUCUGGAGGAACUCUGAAGCUCUGUCAGAGUGACCAUCGUAUUCUUGGUCACCUCCCUGACCAAGGCCCUUCUCCCCCGAUUGCUCUGUUUGGCUGGACGGCCAGCUCUAGGAAGAGUCUUGGUGAUUCCAAACUUCUUCCAUUUAAGAAUGAUGGAGGGCACUGUGUUCUUGGGGACCUUCAAUGCUGCAGAAAUGUUUUGGUACCCUUCCUCAGAUCUGGGCCUUGACACAAUCCUGUCUCAGAGCUUUACGGACAAUUCCUUCGACCUCAUGGCUUGGUUUUUGCUCUGACUAUGCGCUGCCAACUGUGGGACCUUUAUAUAGACAGGUGUGUGCCUUUCCAAAUCAUGUCCAAUCAAUUGAAUUUACCACAGGUGGACUCCAUCAAGUUGUAGAAACAUCUCAAGGAUGAUCAAUGGAAACAGGAUGCGCCUGAGCUCAAUUUCGAGUCUCAUAGCAAAGUGUCUCAAUACUUUUGUAAAUAAGGUAUUUCUGUUUUUUGUUUGUAAUACAUUUGCAAACAUUUCUAAAAGCCUGUUUUCGCUUUGUCAUUAUGGGGUAUUGUGUGUAGAUUGAGGGGAAAAAAAUAAUUAAAUACAUUUUAGAAUAAGGCUGUAACAUCACAAAAUGUGGAAAAAGUCCAGGGGUCUGAAUACUUUCCGAAUGCACUGUAUGCAAUUGAGAUCUUCCCAUUGGCUAUAUCAGAAAUAUUUGAGAAACAAGCAAAGUAUUUCUGGCUAGGGCUGGGCAAUAUAAUGUAUGUUUUUGCACGAUAUUCCAAAUGCCUGUAUCGCACUUUUUUCAAACAUGAGCUCUUGUUGUCUUUUUGGUCUCGUCUGCGUCGCUCCUUCUGUGCUGUGAGCACCUUCCCAUUUUAUACCAGAGAUCUGUAUAUAAUGACGUAAUGCUAAUGUUUCCACCCUAAAAAUGGGAGUUGUUAUUCCCAAAGGCGGGAAGAUGGGCGACAAGCUUAGGUCCAAAAUAAGCCCAUAGAUACGCAUUGGGUGUGUCUUGGCAAGAGUGAAACGUCUCACUUCAGAGGGUUUGGGUUAAAUGCGGAAGACCCAUUUCAGUUGAAUGCAUUGUUGUACAACUGACUAGGUAUCUUCCUUUCACUUUGCCUCUUCCUCUGUUUACACACACACACAUACCAAGCCCCUGCCACUCACACAACAAAGAAAUCACUUUGUCCUCUGACAAGCGGUUUCAACUCGCUUAUUUGCAUUUGAGGUUUGGUCCAACAGAAUCGGUCAUAUGGACACCAACACAUUGAGACAUUAUUCUACUGUAAUAGAGGAGAAGUUAACCUUUCUAACAAUACCCCUGUAUUUCUAUGGGCACAAGUACUGUUCAUGACACAAACUGUUCACACCCCUCUUGUUGGUGGAGAGAAUUUUGCAGGUUUAAAGCUUAUUUCCUGUUGUCAUGGGGUGCAAAUAAGAUUUUGCAGUUUUAAAGCAAAUUUCUUGCAAUUCUAUACAAGAAGAACUGAUAAUGCGCUAUCCAAUUUUGAAAAUGCACCUUGGCCAUUCUUAAACUCAGCAAAUAACUUCACAGAUCUUAAUUGUAAAGGGUUUAAACACUGUUUCCCAUGCUUGACCAAUGAACCAUAAACAAUUAAUGAACAUGCACCUGUGGAACGGUCGUUAAGACACUAACAGCUUACAGACGGUAGGCAAUUAAGGUCACAGUUAUAAAAACUUAGGACACUAAAGAGGCCUUUCUACUGACUCCGAAAAACACCAAAAGAAAGAUGCCCAGGGUCCCUGCUCAUCUGCGUGAACGUACCUUAGGCAUGCUGCAAGGAGGCAUGAGGACUGCAGAUGUGGCCAGGGCAAUAAAUUGCAAUGUCCGUACUGUGAGACGCCUAAGACAACGCUACAGGAAGACGGGACGGACAGCUGAUCGUCCUUGCAGUGGCAGACCACGUGUAACAACACCUGCACAAGAUCGGUACAUCCGAACAUCACACCUGCGGGACAUGUACAGGAUUUUAACAACAACUGCCCGAGUUACACCAGGAACGCACAAUCCCUCCAUCAGUGCUCAGACUGUCCGCAAUAGGCUGGACUGAGGCCUGUUGUAAGGCAGGUCCUCACCGGCAACAACGUCGCCUAUGGGCACAAACCCACCGUCGCCGGACCAGACAGGACUGGCAAAAAAGUGCUCUUCACUGACGAGUCGCGGUUUUGUCUCACCAGGGGUGAUGGUCGGAUUCGCGUUUAUCGUCGAAGAAAUGAGCGUUACACCGAGGCCUGUACUCUGGAGCGGGAUCGAUUUGGAGGUGGAUGGUCCGUCAUGGUCUGGGGCGGUGUGUCACAGCAUCAUCGGACUGAGCUCGUUGUCAUUGCAGUCAAUCUCAACACUGUGCGUUACAGAGAAGACAUCCUCCUCCCUCAUGUGGUACCCUUCCUGCAGGCUCAUCCUGACAUGACCCUCCAGCAUGACAAUGCCACCAGCCAUACUGCUCGUUCUGUGCGUGAUUUCCUGCAAGACAGGAAUGUCAGUGUUCUGCCAUGGCCAGCGAAGAGCCCGGAUCUCAAUCCCAUUGAGCACGUCCGGGACCUGUUGGAUCGGAGGGUGAGGGCUAGGGCCAUUCCCCCCAGAAAUGUCUGGGAACUUGCAGGUGCCUUGGUGGAAGAGUGGGGUAACAUCUCACAACAAGGACUGGCAAAUCUGGUGCAGUCCAUGAGGAAGAGAUGCACUGCGGUACUUAAUGCAGCUGGUGGCCACACCAGAUACUGACUGUUACUUUUGAUUUUGACCCCCCCUUUGUUCAGGGACACAUUAUUCAAUUUCUGUUAGUCACAUGUCUCUGGAACUUGUUCAGUUUAUGUCUCAGUUGUUGACUCUUAUGUUCAUACAAAUAUUUACACAUGUUGCUGAAAAUAAACGCAGUUGACAGCGAGAGGACCUUUUUUUUUGCUGAGUUAAAUUAUAUUUUUUACCCCUUUUUCUCCCCACUUUCGUGAUAUCCAAUUGGUAGUUAGUCUGGUAGUUGCAGUCUUAUCCCAUUGCUGCAACUCCCAUACGGACUCGGGAGAGGUCGAGAGCCAUGCGUCCUCCAAAACACAACCCUGCCAAGCCGCACUGCUUCUUGACACACUGCUCGCUUAACCCGGAAGCCAGCCGCACCAAUGUGUCGGAGGAAACAUUGUACAACUGGUGACCGUGUCAGUGUGCAUGCCCCCGGCCCGCCACAGGAGUCCCUAGAGCGCGAUGGGACAAGGACAUCCCGGCCGGCCAAACCCAGCCUUAGACCGCUGUGUCACUCAGGAGCCCCCCACUUUGUGCGUUUUACUAUUACAACUUUCAAGAGUAAGUUUAAAGCUGGACUGAGUUAUUUUCUUUUGGGGGGACACCCACGCCCCCCUGCCGACCCCUCGCCCCAUAGUUUGGGAACCACUGGUUCUAGCCUAGUACAAUUUGUACUCCUAACUGGCCCACUUAGCUAGCUACCUCACCAGAUAAUGGUAACAACAAACAGUGCACGUGUAUUUGUAUGAUGUAAAUAUUAGGCUGAUUUCUAGCCAUAUCUAUGACUAGGAAUACGUUUUACAAUGGGAGUUCAUUGUAUCAAACACUGGAGUUAAAUUCUUACCUAUCUGAUUUCAAAUGUGGAAUAUUUUGAGUUUUACUGUUAUUUAUGCAUGUAAAAAAAAAAAAACGUAUACACAUACUGUUUUUUUAGGAGACAGUCUUCAUUUCCACAACUACUGCACUGACCCUCUCUCUGAGAGAGCUCAUCAAGAGGAGGAUGACUUUGACCCCCAGAUCUCACCUGCCUCUGCCUCAGAGACACAAGACGACCAGAGAAACAUGGAGCCAAACUCGGGCAGGAAUGGAGAAGAUGCCCAGUGUGGAGGGGAACCUACUGGAGGUAUGGGCAGGACUACACUGAAUAGGGGUGGAUAAGGUAAAGUCAAUCAGCCUUAAUGUUAUGAAACACAGUACUUGAAUCAGUCACCUAAUGACAUUGUGGCACCACUACCAUUUAACCAACUUUUGAGUGAGUGUUUGUUCUGAGUAUCCUUAAUCAUAAUCAGUCAACCCCAUUUAAUAUGAGUGUUCCUAAGCAUUUAUUGGGAAAAAUGCCUACAAUUAAGCCAGACGGGAUUAGUUUUACUGGGGGAGUUCGGGUAAUGUAAUGAUGUGCACGAGCACAACACCACAGCUGUAAUUUCUAGUCCCGUGCGUAUCUGCCAUGGCAGUAAUUUUCGCAUGGCAGGAGAGUAAUAUUUCCAGCCUGAAUAACACUUUUUUUGUUUUUUUGGGGGGUCAAACUCCAAGGUCCUCUGAUAAAACUAUAUCCUGUGUGAAUCAACAACCCUGUGCUUUGAGGGGUUUUACAGCGUUAACAUGUGCUGCCCGCAUUUUGGGUAAGAUCAUGGGAACAAAUUGAUGCUCAAAACCAAGUGCUAUCCACAUAGCCUACUUCUGUUUACACACACACACCAAGCACCUGCCACUCACACAACAAAGAUUAGAAAUCACUCCUUCCUCUCUGACAAGCGGUUUCAACUCGCUAUUUGCAUUUGAGGUGUGGUCAUAUGGACAUCAAAACACAUUGAGACAUUAUUUUACUGUAAUAGAGAAGUUAACUUUUCUAACCAUGCCCUUUUUAUGUCUCAACUGCUGAAAUUACACGCCGAGUAGACCCUACUAAAACGGGACUUUCAAUAAACAUUGAUUCUGGAAAAUUAAUGCACAGUUUGUCGCACGGCAUUGCAGUAGCGCUAGCAGCAGCAUUUUAGCCAAAGACUGUUACACUAGCUGUCUAGACUGUUUCUAUAAAUGUGCAAUAAGCAUAAAACACAAUUAUUUAGGAAAUUGGCAACUCGUUCUCAUUCUGAGAAAUAAGGUAGGCCACUUGUUUUUAACAUCUGAACAAAGUGGUCAGGCUAGCAUGCUGGUCAAACAGUUGGAGAUGGACAGAAGGGUGUGCUCAUAACAAUUCAACUGUUCUGCCUUGUUAUCUAGCAAAUAGAUCCAAGUUGGCAUAACUUGAAAUAUAAAGAUACCGAUAAAGAUUGGCUGGCUACUCACUAGCACGUGGGCUUGAGAGAUUGAGACCUGUGUUAAUUUUCUAUAAUGCCUGCUACAAGAAGUUAGUCAUUAUUAGUGAAUGUGCAUUAUGUAUGGUUCUGCUUAAAGUUGUAACAAAAAGGGCAUUUUCAUUGACUUGAAAGCCAGAUCAGUGAUUAUUGCAAAAAAGCAGGUUAAAUUAUUUUGAUAAUAAUGUAAUUAUGUUAGUGGAAGGCUUAUAUUUAGCCUAGGUAUAAUUUCACAAGCCCUGAAUUCAUUAGAUUAUUGCUGAUUGUUUGAAAUGAAGUGUAUUUGACCUUUAAUUGUACAACAAAGCUUAUUUAGAGAACAUUCAAAAAUCUAGAAAAAUACUGUGAAUCGCCCAUAACUUUGGAAAACCUCUAGAUGAUUUUUAGGCCAUAUCGCCCAGCCCUAUUUCUGGCUACAUCAGAAUAAAGGUUUCCACUUACAGUACCAGUCAGAAGUUUGGACACACCUACUAAUUCCAGGGUUUUUCUUUAUUUUUUACUGUUUUUUACAUUGUAGAAUAAUAGUGAAGACAUCAAAACUAUGAAAUAACACGUAUGGAAUCAUGUAGUAACCAAAGAGUGUUAAACAAAUCAAAAUAUAUUCUAUAUUUGAGAUUCUUCAAAUAGCCACCCUUUGCCUUAAUGACAGCUUUGCACACUCUUGGCAUUCUCUCAACCAGCUUAAUGAGGUAGUCACCUGGAAUGCAUUUCAAUUAACAGGUGUACCUUGUUAAAAGUUAAUUUGUGGAAUUUAUUUCCUUCUUGAUGCGUUUGAGCCAAUCAGUUGUGUUGUGACAAGGUAGGGGUGGUAUACAGAAGAUAGCCCUAUUUGGUAAAAGACCAAGUCCAUAUUAUGGCAAGAACAGCUCAAAAAAGCAAAGAGAAAAAACAGUCCAUCAUUACUUUAAGACAUGAAGGUCAGUCAAUAUGGAACAUUUCAAGAACUUUUCAAGUUUCUUCAAGUGCAGUCGCAAAAACCAUCAAGCGCUAUGAUGAAACUGGCUGUCAUGAGGACCGCAACAGGAAAAGAAGACCCAGAGUUACCUCUGCUGCAGAGGAUAAGUUCAUUAGAGUUAUCAGCCUCAGACUGCAGCCCAAAUACAUGCUUCACAGAGUUCAAGUAACAGACACAUCUCAACAUCAACUGUUCAGAAGAGACUGCGUGAAUCAGGCCUUCAUGGUUGAAUUGCUGCAAAGAAACCACUACUAAAGGACACCAAUAAGAAGACACUUGUUUGGGCCAAGAAACACGAGCAAUGGACAUUAGACCGGUGGAAAUCUGUCCUUUUGGUCUGAUGAAUCCAAAUUUGAAAUAUUUGGUUCCAACCGCCGUGUCUUUGUGAGACGCAGAGUAGGUGAACAGAUGUUCUUCGCAUUUGUGGUUCCCACCGUGAAGCAUGGAGGAGAAGGUGUUAUGGUGUGGGGGUGCUUUGCUGGUGACACUGUCUGUGAUUUUAUUUAGAAUUCAAGGCACACUUAACCAGCAUGGCUACCACAGCAUUCUGCAGCGAUAUACUAUCCCAUCUGGUUUGCGCUUAGUGGGACUAUCAUUUGUUUUUCAACAGAACAAUGACCCAAACACACCUCCAGGCUGUGUAAGGGCUAUUUGACCAAGAAAGAGAGUGAUGGAGUGCUGCAUCAGAUGACCUGGCCUCCACAAUCCCCCGACCUCAACCCAAUUGAGAUGGUUUGGGAUGAGUUGGACCGUAGAGUGAAGGAAAAGCAGCCAACAAGUGCUCAGCAUAUGUGGGAACUCCUUCAAGACUGUUGGAAAAGCAUUCCUCAUGUAGUUGGUUGAGAGAAUGCCAAGAGUGUGCAAAGCUGUCAUCAAGCCAAAGGGUGGCUACUUUUGAAGAAUCUCAAAUAUAUUUAGAUUUGUUUAACAAUUGGGUACUACAUGAUUCCAUAUAUGUUAUUAUUCUACAAUGUAGAAAAUAGUAAAAAUAAAGAAAAACCCUGGAAUGAGUAGGUGUGUCGACUUUUGACUGGUACUGUACAUUUGAUCAUUUAUUCAUUGGUCAUUCAAAGGUGUGUGAGCUUGAAGUAUGCUAAUUGUGUGGAAAUGUAUCCAAAUUCAGCAAGUGUUCUAGCCUAGUGCAAUUUGUACUCCUAAUUGACCCACUACCUCACCAGAUAAUAGUAACAACAAACAGUGCACGUGUAUUUGUAUGAUGUAAAUACUGGGCUGAUUUCUAGCCACAUCUGACUAAAAAGGAAUACGUUUUACAAUGGGAGUUUAUUGUAUCAAACGUUUGAGUUAAAUUCUUAGCUAGCUAAUUUCGAAUGUGGAAUAUUUUGAUGUGGUGUUUUUGAUGCAUGUCUUUUUUUUUUUUUAAAUACACAUACUGUUGUUUUAGGAGACAGUCUUCAUUUCCACAACGGCUGCACUGAUCCUGUCUCUGAGAGUGCUCAUAAAGAGGAGGAUGACUUUAACCCCCAGACCUCACUUGCCUCUGCCUCAGAGACACAAGACGACCAGAGAAACACGGAGCCAAACUCAGGCAGGAAUGGAGAAGAUGCCCAGUUUGGAAGGGAAGCUACUGGAGGUAUGACCACUGAAUAGGGGUGGAUAUGGUAAAGUCAAUCAGCCAUAAUGUUUGCUGCAAUUUUAUGAAACAUAGUACGAAUCAGUCAGCUAGUAGCAUUGUGGCACCACUACCAUUUAGCCAACAUUUGAGUGUUUAUGCUUAAGAAUACUCCGGAUAAUCAGUCAAACCCACGUUUAAAAUGAGUGUUCCUAUGCAUUUAUUGGGAAAAAUGGCACGAAUUACGCCCUAUUCGGACGGGAUUCGUUUUACUGGGGGAGGUCUCUAAUGUAACCUUUACAAAACACCAUAUCCGUAAUUUUAGUCCCGUGCGAAUCUGCCACGUAAGUAAUUUUCACAUGGCUGGAGAGUAAUAAUUUCAGCCUGAAUAAACGACAGUUAUUUUGAUGAACUCCAAGGUCUUCUGAUAAUACUAUAUCCCGUGCGAAUCGACAUCCCUGUGCUGUGAGGGGUAUUACAGCGUUUAACAUGUGCUGCCUGCAGUUUGGGUAAGAUCAUGGGAACAAAUUGAUGCUUAAAACAAAGUGCAAUGCACGUAGCCUACAGGUGAAUGAUCUGUUUUGUCAUAUAAAAAACACGCUGGGGUAAUAACUACAUAACCAACGUUCUAAAGUAAUACAAGUGCCAUUGAAUAGGGCUUUUAGACUGUUGAGGAAUACUUUUCUUUAGGGUGGGUAUAUUGUUUGCUGUUUAAAUUUAUUUCUGAGACAUGGUAGUUAAUAUCCACCAUCUCAUUCAUACAUGCAAUGCAGUAGUUUGUUUUACAUUUACGCCUCAACAACCACAAUUACCCUCUCUGUUGCAGAUGUGGUAUUGCUCUCUGAAUUUGAUCAUCAAGAGGAAGUUCACCUUAAUCCCCAGCUCUCACCUGCAUCAGACCCAGAGAAACAAGACGGCCAGCCCUCAAACAUGGAGCCAAACCCAGGCAGGAUUGGAGAAGAUGUCCAGCAUGGUGAUUCUUCAAAUACAGCCCAAAGUUCAGAUACAAGCGCUGCCACCGGAGCAGUGAAGAUGCCGUUCAUUUGCGACUUUUGUGGAAAGGGUUUCAUUUGGAGAUGCACUUUUAAAGCCCACCGUAAUCAUCACACCAAACCCUUUAGCUGCCCGCAGUGUGGGAAAGGUUUUGGUACGAAGACUGGGUGUAAUAAUCAUCUCUUAGCGGUGCAUUCUAAAGAGAAGCCCUUCAAAUGUACAGAUUGUGGGAAGGUGUUUGCAUUGAGGAAUAGUUUGGUCAAACACAAGGAUCUCAACCCAACUCUGCACACCUGCACAACAUGUGAAAAAUCAUUCUGUGGGGAACGUGCACUAAAACGGCACAACUUCAGUGAUCACCCGGAAAAGGCAUACAUCUGCUCUUUGUGUCCAAAAACCUUUCGGUCAUGGCCAACAUGGAAACGUCAUAAGGCAGAGCACUCGGAGGAGAAGUAUUGCUGUGAAACCUGUGGCAAGCUUUUCUGUUCAUCUUCAUCCUUAGCCAGUCAUCAGAGAACAACUCAUAAAGCAAAGGCUUAUAGCUGUGAUGUAUGUAAUAAAGGUUUCAGGGAUGUAACCAAUUUCCAAAAACAUAUGACCUCCCAUAUUAGAAAAGGCCAUGUUAGUCUAGAAAAAGCUUUUGCCUGUAGUGUAUGUGAGAAAUGUUUCUCAUGUGCACGCACUCUCAGAGAUCAUACGACCAUUCAUACCGGUGUAAAACGUUUUGGUUGUAGCAUAUGUCACAAACGUUUUCGUCUUUCAACCAGUCUCAAAGAUCAUAUGACUUUACAUACUGGAGAGAAACCUUUUGUGUGUGGUUUAUGUGGCAAGAGUUACUGUCGGGCAAGCCAGCUCAAAGCACAUGCGCUUGUCCAUACUGGAGAGAAACAUAUGGCCAUCACCCAUACCAGAAGAAAAGACUACAGUUACGUCUGUGACGUAUGUGGAAAACAUCUCCCUGAUGUAUUUAGGCUCAAAUGCCAUAUGUUCGUACAUACUGGUGAACAACCUUUUGCCUGUGAUCUAUGUGGCAAAAAGUUCAAUCACCCAAGCAAUCUCAAAAGACACAAGCUGUCUCACACAGGGCAGAAACUAUAUGUUUGUACUACUUGUGGUAAAGGUUUCACCCGUUCAACAACCCUUAAGAUACAUCAGCGCAGUCACACUGGUGAAAAGCCUUACUUGUGCAAUAUCUGUGGGCAAGGCUUCACCUCACAUGCCUACGUUAAGAAACACAAGAUGAUUCACCUGCCACCUCAACUUCGUUCAAGACCGCAGAACUCUGGGCCAAAGUCACAUGUCUGCAGCUACUGUGGUAAAGGCUUCUGUUACAGAUCUGUGUUGGAUCAGCACAUGCGCACUCACACAGGAGAAAAACCAUUCAACUGUCUCAUUUGUGGGAAAUGUUGCAUGUUUAAGGCUACUCUUGAAAUCCACAUGCGCAGUCACACAGGGGAGAGACCAUUCAAAUGUCGCAAUUGUGGGAAAGGGUUCAUGUGUAAGAAUACUCUUGUAAAUCACAUGCGCACUCACACAGGGGAGAGACCAUAUGCUUGUGAUGAAUGUGGCAAGAGUUUCUCCCAGAGCAGUCAUUUAGUAUCUCACCAGCGUGUGCACACUGGUGUCAAAGCAUUUGUGUGCAACAAAUGUGGGAAUGCCUAUGCCUGUAGCCGAAAUCUGAAAGUUCAUAAGUGCAAGUUCAACCAGAAAACAGUCCAUGGAAAGAAUGUACAGGAUCACUCUGUAGAAAACCUCUCACAUGAUCACACUGGACCCAGUAUCCCAAAAGCAUCGUAAGGCUAAGUUCAUCGUUAGAACCUUCGUAGGAGUAUCGUUAAAUCUCCAAGCUGUUAACCAAAACCAUUGUUACACUUGAAAACACUUGUUAUUUACCAACUGCCUCAGACCUCAUAAAACAGCUAAGUUGAGUCUUUAGAUGUCCCCCCCGCAUCACUUAAUACAGAGAAGAUCUCAACUAAACACAAGCAAGUUGUUUAGGCUCUCUGUGACCACCAAUAACUUCAGAACUAAGUUGACUACAAAUACAAAGUUGCCAAUGUCUUUGCAAUUGUUACAAACCGAGGAUAAAAAGAUGCUUCAACUGAAAACCAAGAUUACUGCAUUAAAAGAUAAAUAGGCCUACAGUGUAGGCUACAUGCCUAUAUUUCAAUCAUAUUGAAAUCAAUUUCAUGUGAAUUCAAUUGGGUUCUAUUUAGCUAAUUGUAGGCAACUGUAUGUAUUUUUUGCCUCAAUAUAUUUCAUGUGUAACAACGUGCGCAAUGAUGUGCCAAAUCUCGAUUUAGUGCAUUAUAUAGGGUAAUGCUUAUAAGCCGCCUCAAUAUUUGCAGCCCUAGGUGAUAUCUCUAAAAGCUGAUCCGUUGUGUAUUGUGGAAUAAUUAUGAUGUUAUGGUAAGAUUUGAAUGGAGAAAGCUGAUCCGAGAGCAGCGCUGCUUUUCUUAAGAUCAGUAGCGACACGUGGUGAUUUGGAAACGCAUGUUACAUCGCAGUUUAUAGAAACAAUGCAUUGUUAACACUCGUAUGCCUAAAUUCCAUCGCUAUCAGGAAACUGGCCCUGGAUAAGAGGAUGGGCAUACUUCAUAGAUGUUCACAGUUUCAUAUGAGAGAGACUAUAAUUUGAAUUCUAAAUUAAUAGUGGGAAGAGUUUCGCCCAGAUAAUUCAGUUGUAUUGUUUUUAUUUAAUGGAAAUACAUUUUGAAAGUAUUUGGUGUUCAGGCUUUUUCUGUAAAUAAACCAACCACCUUAAUUAGUGUGGUCAUUGUUAAGAAAAAGGGACUCGUUUUUUUAAAUAUAUACUUAAAGGCUUUUCCAGAAAGUUCUCUGAGUACUAAUAGUAUGUUAUUUUCUGAUUCUUUGGGGGCGUGAUUGUAUCUUUUUUUGCAGACACUGUUUGUAAAACAUAAGAUCUCACAACACCUGGUUAAAUCAAGGGAUAUACAGUGCCUACAGAAAGUAUUAAUACCCCUUUUAUUUAUUGCACAUUUUGUGUUAGCCUGAAUUUGGAAAAUUGAUUUAAAUUUAUUUUUCUCACACAUCUACACACAAUACUCCAUAAGGACAGACAUUUUUGCAGAUUUAUUGAAAAUGAAAUACAGAACUACAGUGGCGCCACAAGUAUUGGGACAGUGACACAUUUUUUGUUUGUUUUGGGUCUGUACUACAGCACUUUGGAUUUGAAAUGAUACAAUGAGUAUGAGGUUAAAGUGCAGAUUGUCAGCUUUAAUUUGAUGGUAUUUUCAUCCAAAUCGGGUAAAUGUUUAGAAAUUACAGCAUCUUUUUGUACAUAGUCCCCCCCCCCCAUUUUAGGGGACCAAAAUUAAUGGGACAACUUACAGGACAUCCCGGCCGGCCAAACCCAGCCUUAGACCGCUGUGUCACUCAGGAGCCCCCCACUUUGUGCGUUUUACUAUUACAACUUUCAAGAGUAAGUUUAAAGCUGGACUGAGUUAUUUUCUUUUGGGGGGACACCCACGCCCCCCUGCCGACCCCUCGCCCCAUAGUUUGGGAACCACUGGUUCUAGCCUAGUACAAUUUGUACUCCUAACUGACCCACUUAGCUAGCUACCUCACCAGAUAAUGGUAACAACAAACAGUGCACGUGUAUUUGUAUGAUGUAAAUAUUAGGCUGAUUUCUAGCCAUAUCUAUGACUAGGAAUACGUUUUACAAUGGGAGUUCAUUGUAUCAAACACUGGAGUUAAAUUCUUACCUAUCUGAUUUCAAAUGUGGAAUAUUUUGAGUUUUACUGUUAUUUAUGCAUGUAAAAAAAAAAAAACGUAUACACAUACUGUUUUUUUAGGAGACAGUCUUCAUUUCCACAACUACUGCACUGACCCUCUCUCUGAGAGAGCUCAUCAAGAGGAGGAUGACUUUGACCCCCAGACCUCACCUGCCUCUGCCUCAGAGACACAAGACGACCAGAGAAACAUGGAGCCAAACUCGGGCAGGAAUGGAGAAGAUGCCCAGUGUGGAGGGGAACCUACUGGAGGUAUGGGCAGGACUACACUGAAUAGGGGUGGAUAAGGUAAAGUCAAUCAGCCUUAAUUUUAUGAAACACAGUACUUGAAUCAGUCACCUAAUGACAUUGUGGCACCACUACCAUUUAACCAACUUUUGAGUGAGUGUUUGUUCUGAGUAUCCUUAAUCAUAAUCAGUCAACCCCAUUUAAUAUGAGUGUUCCUAAGCAUUUAUUGGGAAAAAUGCCUACAAUUAAGCCAGACGGGAUUAGUUUUACUGGGGGAGUUCGGGUAAUGUAAUGAUGUGCACGAGCACAACACCACAGCUGUAAUUUCUAGUCCCGUGCGUAUCUGCCAUGGCAGUAAUUUUCGCAUGGCAGGAGAGUAAUAUUUCCAGCCUGAAUAACACUUUUUUUGUUUUUUUGGGGGGUCAAACUCCAAGGUCCUCUGAUAAAACUAUAUCCUGUGUGAAUCAACAACCCUGUGCUUUGAGGGGUUUUACAGCGUUAACAUGUGCUGCCCGCAUUUUGGGUAAGAUCAUGGGAACAAAUUGAUGCUCAAAACCAAGUGCUAUCCACAUAGCCUACUUCUGUUUACACACACACACCAAGCACCUGCCACUCACACAACAAAGAUUAGAAAUCACUCCUUCCUCUCUGACAAGCGGUUUCAACUCGCUAUUUGCAUUUGAGGUGUGGUCAUAUGGACAUCAAAACACAUUGAGACAUUAUUUUACUGUAAUAGAGAAGUUAACUUUUCUAACCAUGCCCUUUUUAUGUCUCAACUGCUGAAAUUACACGCCGAGUAGACCCUACUAAAACGGGACUUUCAAUAAACAUUGAUUCUGGAAAAUUAAUGCACAGUUUGUCGCACGGCAUUGCAGUAGCGCUAGCAGCAUUUUAGCCAAAGACUGUUACACUAGCUGUCUAGACUGUUUCUAUAAAUGUGCAAUAAGCAUAAAACACUAUUAUUUAGGAAAUUGGCAACUCGUUCUCAUUCUGAGAAAUAAGGUAGGCCACUUGUUUUUAACAUCUGAACAAAGUGGUCAGGCUAGCAUGCUGGUCAAACAGUUGGAGAAGGACAGAAGGGUGUGCUCAUAACAAUUCAACUGUUCUGCCUUGUUAUCUAGCAAAUAGAUCCAAGUUGGCAUAACUUGAAAUAUAAAGAUACCGAUAAAGAUUGGCUGGCUACUCACUAGCACGUGGGCUUGAGAGAUUGAGACCUGUGUUAAUUUUCUAUAAUGCCUGCUACAAGAAGUUAGUCAUUAUUAGUGAAUGUGCAUUAUGUAUGGUUCUGCUUAAAGUUGUAACAAAAAGGGCAUUUUCAUUGACUUGAAAGCCAGAUCAGUGAUUAUUGCAAAAAAGCAGGUUAAAUUAUUUUGAUAAUAAUGUAAUUAUGUUAGUGGAAGGCUUAUAUUUAGCCUAGGUAUAAUUUCACAAGCCCUGAAUUCAUUAGAUUAUUGCUGAUUGUUUGAAAUGAAGUGUAUUUGACCUUUAAUUGUACAACAAAGCUUAUUUAGAGAACAUUCAAAAAUCUAGAAAAAUACUGUGAAUCGCCCAUAACUUCGGAAAACCUCUAGAUGAUUUUUAGGCCAUAUCGCCCAGCCCUAUUUCUGGCUACAUCAGAAUAAAGGUUUCCACUUACAGUACCAGUCAGAAGUUUGGACACACCUACUAAUUCCAGGGUUUUUCUUUAUUUUUACUGUUUUUUACAUUGUAGAAUAAUAGUGAAGACAUCAAAACUAUGAAAUAACACAAAUGGAAUCAUGUAGUAACCAAAAAAUUGUUAAACAAAUCAAAAUAUAUUCUAUAUUUGAGAUUCUUCAAAUAGCCACCCUUUGCCUUGAUGACAGCUUUGCACACUCUUGGCAUUCUCUCAACCAGCUUCAUGAGGUAGUCACCUGGAAUGCAUUUCAAUUAACAGGUGUACCUUGUUAAAAGUUAAUUUGUGGAAUUUCUUUCCUUCUUGAUGCGUUUGAGCAAAUCAGUUGUGUUGUGACAAGGUAGGGGUGGUAUACAGAAGAUAGCCCUAUUUGGUAAAAGACCAAGUCCAUAUUAUGGCAAGAACAGCUCAAAAAAGCAAAGAGAAAAAACAGUCCAUCAUUACUUUAAGACAUGAAGGUCAGUCAAUAUGGAACAUUUCAAGAACUUUUCAAGUUUCUUCAAGUGCAGUCGCAAAAACCAUCAAGCGCUAUGAUGAAACUGGCUGUCAUGAGGACCGCAACAGGAAAAGAAGACCCAGAGUUACCUCUGCUGCAGAGGAUAAGUUCAUUAGAGUUAUCAGCCUCAGACUGCAGCCCAAAUACAUGCUUCACAGAGUUCAAGUAACAGACACAUCUCAACAUCAACUGUUCAGAAGAGACUGCGUGAAUCAGGCCUUCAUGGUUGAAUUGCUGCAAAGAAACCACUACUAAAGGACACCAAUAAGAAGACACUUGUUUGGGCCAAGAAACACGAGCAAUGGACAUUAGACCGGUGGAAAUCUGUCCUUUGGUCUGAUGAAUCCAAAUUUGAAAUAUUUGGUUCCAACCGCCGUGUCUUUGUGAGACGCAGAGUAGGUGAACAGAUGUUCUCCGCAUUUGUGGUUCCCACCGUGAAGCAUGGAGGAGAAGGUGUUAUGGUGUGGGGGUGCUUUGCUGGUGACACUGUCUGUGAUUUUAUUUAGAAUUCAAGGCACACUUAACCAGCAUGGCUACCACAGCAUUCUGCAGCGAUAUACUAUCCCAUCUGGUUUGCGCUUAGUGGGACUAUCAUUUGUUUUUCAACAGGACAAUGACCCAAACACACCUCCAGGCUGUGUAAGGGCUAUUUGACCAAGAAAGAGAGUGAUGGAGUGCUGCAUCAGAUGACCUGGCCUCCACAAUCCCCCGACCUCAACCCAAUUGAGAUGGUUUUGGAUGAGUUGGACCGUAGAGUGAAGGAAAAGCAGCCAACAAGUGCUCAGCAUAUGUGGGAACUCCUUCAAGACUGUUGGAAAAGCAUUCCUCAUGUAGUUGGUUGAGAGAAUGCCAAGAGUGUGCAAAGCUGUCAUCAAGCCAAAGGGUGGCUACUUUUGAAGAAUCUCAAAUAUAUUUAGAUUUGUUUAACAAUUGGGUACUACAUGAUUCAAUAUGUGUUAUUAUUCUACAAUGUAGAAAAUAGUAAAAAUAAAGAAAAACCCUGGAAUGAGUAGGUGUGUCGACUUUUGACUGGUAAUGUACAUUUGAUCAUUUAUUCAUUGGUCAUUCAAAGGUGUGUGAGCUUGAAGUAUGCUAAUUGUGUGGAAAUGUAUCCAAAUUCAGCAAGUGUUCUAGCCUAGUGCAAUUUGUACUCCUAAUUGACCCACUACCUCACCAGAUAAUAGUAACAACAAACAGUGCACGUGUAUUUGUAUGAUGUAAAUACUGGGCUGAUUUCUAGCCACAUCUGACUAAAAAGGAAUACGUUUUAAUAAUAUAAUAAUAAUAAUAAUAAUAAUAUAAUAAUAAUAAUAAUAUGCCAUUUAGCAGACGCUUUUAUCCAAAGCGACUUACAGUCAUGCGUGCAUACAUUUUUGUGUAUGGGUGGUCCCGGGGAUCGAACCCACUACCUUGGCGUUACAAGCGCCGUGCUCUACCAGCUGAGCUACAGAGGACCACGGGAGUUUAUUGUAUCAAACGUUUGAGUUAAAUUCUUAGCUAGCUAAUUUCGAAUGUGGAAUAUUUUGAUGUGGUGUUUUUGAUGCAUGUCUUUUUUUUUUUAAAUACACAUACUGUUGUUUUAGGAGACAGUCUUCAUUUCCACAACGGCUGCACUGAUCCUCUCUCUGAGAGUGCUCAUAAAGAGGAGGAUGACUUUAACCCCCAGACCUCACUUGCCUCUGCCUCAGAGACACAAGACGACCAGAGAAACACGGAGCCAAACUCAGGCAGGAAUGGAGAAGAUGCCCAGUUUGGAAGGGAAGCUACUGGAGGUAUGACCACUGAAUAGGGGUGGAUAUGGUAAAGUCAAUCAGCCAUAAUGUUUGCUGCAAUUUUAUGAAACAUAGUACGAAUCAGUCAGCUAGUGGCAUUGUGGCACCACUACCAUUUAGCCAACAUUUGAGUGUUUAUGCUUAAGAAUACUCCGGAUAAUCAGUCAAACCCACGUUUAAAAUGAGUGUUCCUAUGCAUUUAUUGGGAAAAAUGGCACGAAUUACGCCCUAUUCGGACGGGAUUCGUUUUACUGGGGGAGGUCUCUAAUGUAACCUUUACAAAACACCAUAGCCGUAAUUUUAGUCCCGUGCGAAUCUGCCACGUAAGUAAUUUUCACAUGGCUGGAGAGUAAUAAUUUCAGCCUGAAUAAACGACAGUUAUUUUGAUGAACUCCAAGGUCUUCUGAUAAUACUAUAUCCCGUGCGAAUCGACAUCCCUGUGCUGUGAGGGGUAUUACAGCGUUUAACAUGUGCUGCCUGCAGUUUGGGUAAGAUCAUGGGAACAAAUUGAAGCUUAAAACAAAGUGCAAUGCACUUAGCCUACAGGUGAAUGAUCUGUUUUGUCAUAUAAAAAACACGCUGGGGUAAUAACUACAUAACCAACGUUCUAAAGUAAUACAAGUGCCAUUGAAUAGGGCUUUUAGACUGUUGAGGAAUACUUUUCUUUAGGGUGGGUAUAUUGUUUGCUGUUUAAAUUUAUUUCUGAGACAUGGUAGUUAAUAUCCACCAUCUCAUUCAUACAUGCAAUGCAGUAGUUUGUUUUACAUUUACGGCUCAACAACCACAAUUACCCUCUCUGUUGCAGAUGUGGUAUUGCUCUCUGAAUUUGAUCAUCAAGAGGAAGUUCACCUUAAUCCCCAGCUCUCACCUGCAUCAGACCCAGAGAAACAAGACGGCCAGCCCUCAAACAUGGAGCCAAACCCAGGCAGGAUUGGAGAAGAUUUCCAGGAUGGUGAUUCUUCAAAUACAGCCCAAAGUUCAGAUACAAGCGCUGCCACCGGAGCAGUGAAGAUGCCGUUCAUUUGCGACGUUUGUGGAAAGGGUUUCAUUUGGAGAUGCACUUUUAAAGCCCACCGUAAUCAUCACACCAAACCCUUUAGCUGCCCGCAGUGUGGGAAAGGUUUUGGUACGAAGACUGGGUGUAAUAAUCAUCUCUUAGCGGUGCACUCUAAAGAGAAGCCCUUCAAAUGUACAGAUUGUGGGAAGGUGUUUGCAUUGAGGAAUAGUUUGGUCAAACACAGGGAUCUCAACCCAACUCUGCACACCUGCACAACAUGUGAAAAAUCAUUCUGUGGGGAACGUGCACUAAAACGGCACAACUUCAGUGAUCACCCGGAAAAGGCAUACAUCUGCUCUUUGUGUCCAAAAACCUUUCGGUCAUGGCCAACAUGGAAACGUCAUAAGGCAGAGCACUCGUAGGAGAAGUAUUGCUGUGAAACCUGUGGCAAGCUUUUCUGUUCAUCUUCAUCCUUAGCCAGUCAUCAGAGAACAACUCAUAAAGCAAAGGCUUAUAGCUGUGAUGUAUGUAAUAAAGGUUUCAGGGAUGUAACCAAUUUCCAAAAACAUAUGACCUCCCAUAUUAGAAAAGGCCAUGUUAGUCUAGAAAAAGCUUUUGCCUGUAGUGUAUGUGAGAAAUGUUUCUCCUGUGCACGCACUCUCAGAGAUCAUACGACCAUUCAUACCGGUGUAAAACGUUUUUGUUGUAGCAUAUGUCACAAACGUUUUCGUCUUUCAACCAGUCUCAAAGAUCAUAUGACUUUACAUACUGGAGAGAAACCUUUUGUGUGUGGUUUAUGCGGCAACAGUUACUGUCGGGCAAGCCAGCUCAAAGCACAUGCGCUUGUCCAUACCGGAGAGAAACAUAUGGCCAUCACCCAUACCAGAAGAAAAGACUACAGUUACGUCUGUGACGUAUGUGGAAAACAUCUCCCUGAUGUAUUCAGGCUCAAAUGCCAUAUGUUCGUACAUACUGGUGAACAACCUUUUGCCUGUGAUCUAUGUGGCAAAAAGUUCAAUCACCCAAGCAAUCUCAAAAGACACAAGCUGUCUCACACAGGGCAGAAACUAUAUGUUUGUACUACUUGUGGUAAAGGUUUCACCCGUUCAACAACCCUUAAGAUACAUCAGCGCAGUCACACUGGUGAAAAGCCUUACUUGUGCAAUAUCUGUGGGCAAGGCUUCACCUCACAUGCCUACGUUAAGAAACACAAGAUGAUUCACCUGCCACCUCAACUUCGUUCAAGACCGCAGAACUCUGGGCCAAAGUCACAUGUCUGCAGCUACUGUGGUAAAGGCUUCUGUUACAGAUCUGUGUUGGAUCAGCACAUGCGCACUCACACAGGAGAAAAACCAUUCAACUGUCUCAUUUGUGGGAAAUGUUGCAUGUUUAAGGCUACUCUUGAAAUCCACAUGCGCAGUCACACAGGGGAGAGACCAUUCAAAUGUCGCAAUUGUGGGAAAGGGUUCAUGUGUAAGAAUACUCUUGUAAAUCACAUGCGCACUCACACAGGGGAGAGACCAUAUGCUUGUGAUGAAUGUGGCAAGAGUUUCUCCCAGAGCAGUCAUUUAGUAUCUCACCAGCGUGUGCACACUGGUGUCAAAGCAUUUGUGUGCAACAAAUGUGGGAAUGCCUAUGCCUGUAGCCGAAAUCUGAAAGUUCAUAAGUGCAAGUUCAACCAGAAAACAGUCCAUGGAAAGAAUGUACAGGAUCACUCUGUAGAAAACCUCUCACAUGAUCACACUGGACCCAGUAUCCCAAAAGCAUCGUAAGGCUAAGUUCAUCGUUAGAACCUUCGUAGGAGUAUCGUUAAAUCUCCAAGCUGUUAACCAAAACCAUUGUUACACUUGAAAACACUUGUUAUUUACCAACUGCCUCAGACCUCAUAAAACAGCUAAGUUGAGUCUUUAGAUGUCCCCCCCGCAUCACUUAAUACAGAGAAGAUCUCAACUAAACACAAGCAAGUUGUUUAGGCUCUCUGUGACCACCAAUAACUUCAGAACUAAGUUGACUACAAAUACAAAGUUGCCAAUGUCUUUGCAAUUGUUACAAACCGAGGAUAAAAAGAUGCUUCAACUGAAAACCAAGAUUACUGCAUUAAAAGAUAAAUAGGCCUACAGUGUAGGCUACAUGCCUAUAUUUCAAUCAUAUUGAAAUCAAUUUCAUGUUAAUUCAAUUGGGUUCUAUUUAGCUAAUUGUAGGCAACUGUAUGUAUUUUUUGCCUCAAUAUAUUUCAUGUGUAACAACGUGCGCAAUGAUGUGCCAAAUCUCGAUUUAGUGCAUUAUAUAGGGUAAUGCUUAUAAGCCGCCUCAAUAUUUGCAGCCAUAGGUGAUAUCUCUAGAAGCUGAUCCGUUGUGUAUUGUGGAAUAAUUAUGAUGUUAUGGUAAGAUUUGAAUGGAGAAAGCUGAUCCGAGAGCAGCGCUGCUUUUCUUAAGAUCAGUAGCGACACGUGGUGAUUUGGAAACGCAUGUUACAUCGCAGUUUAUAGAAACGAUGCAUUGUUAACACUCGUAUGCCUAAAUUCCAUCGCUAUCAGGAAACUGGCCCUGGAUAAGAGGAUGGGCUUACUUCAUAGAUGUUCACAGUUUCAUAUGAGAGAGACUAUAAUUUGAAUUCUAAAUUAAUAGUGGGAAGAGUUUCGCCCAGAUAAUUCAGUUGUAUUGUUUUUAUUUAAUGGAAAUACAUUUUGAAAGUAUUUGGUGUUCAGGCUUUUUCUGUAAAUAAACCAACCACCUUAGUUAGGGUGGUCAUUGUUAAGAAAAAGGGACUCGUUUUUUUUCAUAUAUACUUAAAGGCUUUUCCAGAAAGUUCUCCGAGUACUAAUAGUAUGUUAUUUUCUGAUUCUUUGGGGGCGUGAUUGUAUCUUUUUUGCAGACAUGGUUUGUAAAACAUAAGAUCUCACAACACCUGGUUAAAUCAAGGGAUAUACAGUGCCUUCAGAAAGUAUUAAUACCCCUUUUACUUAUUGCACAUUUUGUGUUAGCCUGAAUUUGGAAAAUUGAUUUUAAAUUGAUUUUUCUCACAUCUACACACAAUACUCCAUAAGGACAGACAUUUUUGCAGAUUUGUUGAAAAUGAAAGACAGAACUACAGUGGCGCCACAAGUAUUGGGACAGUGACACAUUUUUUGUUUGUUUUGGGUCUGUACUACAGCACUUUGGAUUUGAAAUGAUACAAUGAGUAUGAGGUUAAAGUGCAGAUUGUCAGCUUUAAUUUGAUGGUAUUUUCAUCCAAAUCGGGUAAAUGUUUAGAAAUUACAGCACCUUUUUGUACAUAGUCCCCCCCCCCCCCCCAUUUUAGGGGACCAAAAUUAAUGGGACAAAUUCACUUACAGUGCCUUGCAAAAGUAUUCAUCCCCUUUCGCGUUUUCCCUGUUUUGUUGCAUUACAACCUGUAAUUUAAAUUGAUUUUUAUUUGGAUUUCAUGUAAUGGACAUACACAAAAUAGUCCAAAUUGGUGAAGUGAAAUGAAAAAAUUACUUAUUCUAAAAAAAAACAUAACGGAAAAGUGGUGCGUGCAUAUGUAUUCACCCCCUUUGCUAUGAAGCCCCUAAAUAAGAUCUGGUGCAACCAAUUACAUUCAGAAGUCACAUAAUUAGUUAAAUAAAGUCCAACUGUGUGCAAUCUAAGUGUCACAUGAUCUCAGUAUAUAUACACCUGUUCUGAAAGGCCCCAGAGUCUGCAACACCACUAAGCAAGGGGCACCACCAAGCAAGCGGCACCAUGAAGACCAAGGAGCUCUCCACACAGGUCAGGGACAAAGUUGUGGAGAAGUACAGAUCAGGGUUGGGUAAUAAAAAAUAUCCAAAACUUUGAACAUCCCAUGGAGCACCAUUAAAUCCAUUAUUAAAAAAUUGAAAGAAUAUGGCACCACAACAAACCUGCCAAGAGAGGGCCACCCACCAAAACUCACGGACCAGGCAAGGAGGGCAUUAAUCAGAGAGGCAACAAAGAGACCAAAGAUAACCCCGAAGGAGCUGCAAAGCUCCACAGCAGAGAUUGGAGUAUCUGUCCAUAGGACCACUUUAAGCCGUACACUCCACAGAGCUGGGCUUUACGGAAGAGCGGCCAGAAAAAAGCCAUUGCUUCAAGAAAAAAAUAAGGCAUGUGGGAGACUCCCCAAACAUAUGGAAGAAGGUACUCUGGUCAGAUUAGACAAAAAUUGAGCUUUAUGGCUAUCAAGGAAAACGCUAUGUCUGGCGCAAACCCAACACCUCUCAUCACCCCGAGAACACCAUCCCCACAGUGAAGCAUGGUGGUAGGAGCAUCAUGCUGUGGAGAUGUUUUUCCAUCGGCAGGGACUGGGAAACUGGUCAGAAUUGAAGGAAUGAUGGAUGGCGCUAAAUACAGGGAAAUUCUUGAGGGAAACCUGUUUUGUCUUCCAGAGAUUUGAGACUGGGACGGAGGUUUACCUUCCAGCAGGACAAUGACUCUAAGCAUACUGCUAAAGCAACACUUGAGUGGUGUAAGGGGAAACAUUUAAUGUCUUGGAAUGGCCUAGUCAAAGCCCAGACCUCAAUCCAAUUGAGAAUAUGUUGUAUGACUUAAAGAUUGCUGUACACCAGCAGAAGCCAUCCAACUUGAAGGAGCUGGAGCAGUUUUGCCUUGAAGAAUGGGCAAAAAUCCCAGUGGCUAGAUGUGCCAAGCUUAUGGAGACAUACCUCAAGAGACUUGCAACUGUAAUUACUGCAAAAGGUGGCUCUACAAAGUAUUGACUUUGGGGGGGUGAAUAGUUAUGCACGCUCAAGUUUUCUGUUUUUUUGUCUUAUUUCUUGUUUGUUUCACAAUAAAAAAUAUUUUGCAUCUUCAAAGUGGUAGGCAUGUUGUGUAAAUCAAAUUAUACAAACCCCCAAAAAAUCUAUUUUAAUUCCAGGUUGUAAGGCAACAAAAUAGGAAAAAUUCCAAGGGGGGUGAAUAAAUUUGGCAAGCGACUGUAACUAUUGGCCUCAUGGUGAAAUCCCUGAGUGGUUUCCUUCCUCUCCGGCAACUGAGUUAGGAAGGACGCCUGUAUCUUUGUAGUGACUGAGUGUAUUGAUACACCAUCCAAAAUGUAAUUAAUAACUUCACCAUGCUCAAAGGGAUAUUCAGUGUCUGUCUGUUUUUUGUUUUUGUUUUUGUUUUUGUUUUACCCAUCUACCAAUAGGUGCCCUUCUUUGCGAGGCAAUGGAAAACCUCCCUGGUCUUUGUGGUUGAAUCUGUGUUUGAAAUUCACUGCUCGACUGAGGGACCUUACAGAUAAUUGUAUAUGUGGGUACAUGUUAAACACUAUUAUUGCACACAAUGAGUCCAUGCAACUUAUUAUGUGACUUGUUAAGCACAUUUUUACUCCUGAACUGAUUUAGGCUUGCCAUAACCAAGGGGUUGAAUUCUUCGACUCGUGAUAUUUCAGCUAAACUUUUAAAAACAUAGUUCCACUUUGACACAAUUCAGGCUGUAACACAUCAAAAUGUGGAAAAAGUCGAGGGUUGUGAAUACUUUCUGAAGGCACUGUAUUUCAUUAUUUGAAUUUAAUAUUGAAAUUACCAAAUAAAUAUUUUAGAGAAAUUGAUAGUCGACCAAAAUUAAUUUUUCACAAACUGUAUGCACUGGAACUGUAGGCAUGGUGCUGGAGAUACUGAAUAUGAUUUGAAAAAGUGGUCAAAUGACGAAUAAUAUUGUACAAUUAAUUUGAGUUCAUCUUACUGAAGGAGUUUCAGUCGUACUGUAAAAGACUAUGCCCUAUGAAUUCACUCUUAUAUGGUGGAUGUAAAAGUGAUUUUACAGUUCCGUCUACAAUGGAUAUACAUUUAUUUCACAUACAGUAUUUGUGUAGUGUUCCAUAAGUUAAAUUGUAGGUGUCUAGUGGGGCCUUCAUGUGCUUGUGGGAAACUGCAAAGUGAUAAGUCAUAGGUUGAUGAGUUAGUUAGCUUCAUCAGCUAGAUAACUUUGCUAAUAAUAAAGUUAGCUAGCUUGCUUAACAUUGACAAUAUGGUCAAGCUAGCUACAUUAUCCACAUCGAUAAGUUUGUAAUUGGCAAAAACUGAUUUUGUCAUCUGGAUGAAAAAGUUCAGUGCUGAAACGUCACAACUCGGCACCUUGGGUAACAAAAUGUUCUCAAAGUUUCCCACUGUAAAUUACGAGUUGGAGGGUCAUUCAAAUGAAACUUCCCAGUCGGAACUCCGAACUUCCGAUAACAUGUGAAUGCCCCCAUAGGCCUACAGUCACAGCUAGACAUGUUGAAGCAAAUGCUGCGUUCAUAACCAAGUGGUGAGGUGGUAAUUACCAGCAGGCCUGGCCCACCCUACUGUACUUCCCUUAUCCGUCCAAAUAAAAUAUUGAAAUAUUGAUAAUUUAUUUGACCGAGAUGCGCGCUGACAGAAAGACAUCAAUCUCAGAUAAAGCAUCUGAGCGAGCGAAACAGCGCCCCUCUGUCUCUGUACGUGUUGCCCAUGUAUCUGAUGCUGUUGCCCAUGUAUCUGAUGCUGUCUGGCCAGAAAUAGUAUGGCAUGUCAUACUCUUUUUGGACAGACAGUAUCAGAUACAUAUAGUACGAGAGAGGGGCGCUGUUUUGCUCGCUCGGAUGCUUUCUCCGGUGGAAUAGUUAGUGCACUGUUCGGGUUAGGGAUGUGCCUAGUAAUCGGACAAAAUGAGUAUUUUAAAGGAUAUGGGCAAUUGCCCCGUAUAGCUCAGUUGGUAGAGCAUGGCGCUUGCAAAUCCAGGGUUGUGGGUUCGUUUCCCACGGGGGGCCAGUAUGAAAAAAGUUAUGCACACACUAACUGCAAAUCGCUCUUGAUAAGAGCUGACUAAAAUGUAAAUACCAUUAUGAUCCAAGUAUUUUUUGUUAUUGUCCGUGAUGUAAACGUUUGUAAUUUUAGGACGCCGGACCCGGAGUGCAUCUUUCAAUGAAAUGCAAGGUGCUACAAGGUCUAUAUAACUCACCUGUCUAGUUUGCCUGUCUGUAAAUGGAAGGGUGGGCUCUACGUUUGUCCUGCUGCACUGAUUGAAUAGAGCGACGCUGUAUUUCUAUGUCCACUCACUUCAUAAUUUCACCGGACCACUUCUCCUUGCAUGUUUCGGUGUGAUAAUUUAUUUGAUGCUGCCUUCUGUUUGCCUGCUACUAUGUUAAAUCUAAUGGGUAGGACAUUUGCUCAAGCUAUCAAUGUGCAUAGUAUCUAACAAGCGGGUUGAGGGUAGGGAGAAAAUAUGAAACGUUUAUGCGCAUUCUGAGUGACAAACUGCCCGCUGCAAAUUGAGGACACCGACCCCUCCGCGCGCUCCUCCUAAUCUGCAGUUUAUUUUGCAAGGAGAUUGGAAUUUUGCCAACGUCUAUUUAGAUUUAUUAAAACACAUCUGUGUUUUUAUGAUCAUGAGUAUCAUCCGACUAUCAACUGAUAGGAGUAUGGUCAGGUCGGCACAGCCCUAGUUUGGAUGCUGGAAUUGUUUUGGAAGAACGUACAAAGGUAACCUACUUUUUGAAGUGAUUUGUUUGACAAUCAGAUGAAAACAUCAUGACUGGUUGUGUUCAUGCCACAAAAGGUACAAUUUUUACAGUUCAAUUACAUUUCUUUACUAUAAAACCCAUCAAAAAAAUUACACGGGAGGUCCUGUGAAAAAAAAUCAUGCCCCCCUAUUGAAAUCAAAUGCCUGUCCAACUGAUUCGUUCUGGCGCCGGCCCUGAUGACCAAAUCCAAUCAAAGUUAAUUGAUCACGUACACAGUUUAGCAUAUGUUAUAGAGGGUGCAGCGAAAUGCCUAUGUUCCUAACAAUUUAGUAAAAUGUGAAGUCGUAAAUUCCAGUAGGGUGCUUUGAACUAAUUGAUAAAACGCUGAUUGGCUAAUGGCCAACAAGCUGCGUCAACCAUAAACUAAAAGUACAGCUAUCAUGCUUGUAAACAAAUUAGUGUUCAAAAAACCAUAUUAAUAGAUUGCUUUUGACACUUUUGUAUAAAUGCUGUUAUCGAGGUUAUUUCCUUAGUAGGUGACGUGACAGAGGUCAGCAUGUGGGAGAAGUUGGAGUCUUACAAGUUUCCCACUAGUAAUGGCAAACGUGCAUUAAGAUGGCAGAGUACAGAUGUGACGUCAUUGUUUUAGCAGUAUCCAGAGUUUAAAUUUAUGGGGCGCAACAUAAUUCAAUGCACCAAUAAAUCAGCAUAAUCUACUUUCUCGGUUUUUCAAAUUGCUGGCGUUUUGGGAUCUAGAAUUGGAUCAUGUAUACUGUGCUAAUGCUGACACAAAAAAAAGAGUAACGUAGAGCGAUCUAUAACAUGGCAAAUUUAGCAAACGAAGCAUUUGUGAUAAGUGCAUGAAGGCAGCCAUAUUUAUGCACGUCUGUCAUUACAAGUUGGAGGGUCGUUCAAGUGGAUUUUCCCAGUCAUAUGUGGUAAAUACCACCUUCCCACUUGUUUAUGAAUGCAGCAAAAAACUCCUAUCUAUCUAUCAUAUAUCUCUAUCUACAGUAUCUAAUCUAUGCAGUGCUUAAAUUAGAAAAAUAGCAAACUGGCCAUCAAUUGGAACCAUUGACUUGGGAUAGGCCAAAACAUGAGGGGAAUGUUUGAAGGAUUGAAGAAGAAGAAGAAGAAGAAGAAGAAGAAGAGGCCGGGUUGUGACAGGUAAAUGGCGUCCCUUGAGAAAGCAAGAACAAGAUGUAUGUCAGGAGAAGUGCAGUAUUAUCAUAAGGAAACGUAUACUUGUAAUACGGAGGAGGAAUGGAGGGAAAAAGAGAGGCAGAUGAGGUCUAAGAGAGAGAGGGAGGAAGAUUGUGAGCUUGAGUCGGUUAAAAAUGGCGGGAAAAAGGGAGAAGGUUUGUUAAAGAAGAAUGGUAGAAAAUGUAAGCAGAGUGAGCUGAAGACAGGAGGAGAAAUGGAAGUGAAUGAGGGUGAAGUAUGAGGUGGUAGGUGUGGUGAAGUACUCAUAGCCCGAGGCUUGCACCGAGGGUCAGGAUAAAGAUGAGUCUGUGACAGUAGGAGUGAAGUUUUUGGAAGAAGUGGACCCUUGCCUUUUGGCUGAUCCAUUUGUGGUUUCAGGGUGAUUGAAAAAAAUGUUGGGGUAUAGUUGAAUCCGUGAGGGUAACCAGAAGUGGUCUAGUGAUAAUUGUUUGUGUUUCUGUUGGUCAGAGGGAGAAGGCGCUCGGAGUUAAACAAAUGGGGGCCAGAAAUGUGAAUUGUUUCUCUCUCAAGAAAAGGGCGCUUGAAAGGAGUGAUUACUGGGGUAGCAGUAAAUGUAAAAGUUUACCAACUGAAGGGGAAGAUUCCUGGUGUUUGUGAUGCUCGUCGUUUGGUGCGACGCAAACAGGGUGGCGAGAGUGGGGAAACAGAAGAGUCAUUGUCUGUUCUUUUGAGUUUUGAAGUUGAGUCUUUGCCUGACAAAGUUAAGUUAGGAUAUAUAAGUUAUCCUGUACGAGCUUAUGUGCCGAAUAAAUUACGUUGUUACAGGUGUCAAACUUAUGGGCAUGUGGCAGCAGUGUGUAGGAGGGAGGUUCCAAGGCAUGCAGAAGGGCAUGAGACAAAGGAAUAUGUAGCAUUGGGGAUAGUAGUGGUAUGUGCAAAUUGUAUGGGUGCCCAUGGGGCUGGGGAUCAUAAAUGUCCUGUGCGAGAGAGGCAGGUUGAGAUUUCCAGGGUAAGAGUAGUCCAGAAGUUGUCAUAUGCUGAGGCAGUGAAGAAAGUAGAGGAAGAUGGGUCAAGGGGGAGCAGUGGUGAGAGUAGUAGAUCUGUACCAGGACAGAGGGAUAGGCCAACAAGUGAUAUGUUUCAGUAAGAUUGGAUUUUUAGCUUUUAUAGCAAUGGUUAUCAAUUGUACUGUAGGGUUGGAGGUUGUGGUGGCAGCUGCAGAGAGGUAUUUGGGUGUGCGAGACUUGACAUCAGAAGAGUUACAGGGUGUGUUAAGUGGUGAUGUCCCAUCCUUUCAGGUUGAGGGCAUGAGGUAGGAAUAAAUAGAUUUAAAUAGUGGAGUAGGGUGGUGUUAAUUUGAUUUUAUUAUUAUUUGAAUUUGUGAGUCUAGUGUUAGAUGGUAGGGUAUUUCUUUAUUUUAUUUUCAAGCAAAAUAUAAGGAAGUUGUACUCCAGUCUAGUAGGUGGCGGUAAUGCAACAUAUUGGAUGCCAACCGCCGUUAAACCUCAUCGAAGAAAAAGGAACGUUUUAAGUGUAACACGCCGUAAUGGGAUUUAGUUUUUUUCCAGCGCCAUCCAGUUGGUGGCGGCAAUACAACAUAAAUUGUGGUACGCCAUAAAAUCUCAACGAAGAAGAAGUAGCGUAACUGCGAGUGACUUCAUUUCCGCAAACAAUUCAAUUUCCUCACAUUGCCGUUGGUAUUAGCAGUCGAAAUCACUUAGGUAUAAUAAGAACGGUCGAAAUGAUAAUUAAGAACUGUUAGCUUGCAGCAAUGUUGAGUGAUGAGACUUUUCAGAGACAAUUAUCUACCAUUGUCGAGGUAUUAGUUUCAGCGGCAGUUGCGGAGAUGGGAAGACUCCUCGAUGAGUGCUCUGCUGCUGUUAUGCCUCUAAAGUUGGUCCAGCAGAAUGAGGGAAGUAGUUUGCUGAAGAGUAAACUUCAACGUGUGAACAAAACCAAGACAGUGAGUACACAUUUGGUCGGUUGUUGGGAAAACGAAUUUGCUGGCGAAUGGCGACAAACUAGACUAGCUAGCAAACUACAUAAACUGUUACUAGUAGCUAGCAAACUGUUGAGGACAAACUUUUACCAGGAGUGUAUUCGUUAGUCAGAUUCCGUUGCCAAACGUUUUUCAACGGAAACCGUUUAACCGUUUACUCAAGGAACCAAACGGAAACAAACAGAACGAAACGGGGAGGGACCUACCAUAAUUUGGCCAAUACAAACUCGUUUUCGUUAAACGUUUUUCGUUUGGAGUAAAAUGUUUCUGUUGCAAAACGUUUUGGCAACGGAAUUUUUUAAAAACAUUUUUAAAGUAAUUUAGCAGACGCUCUUAUCCAGAGCGACUUACAGGAGCAAUUAGGUUUAAGUGCCUUGCUCAAGGGCACAUCGACAGAUUUUUCACCUAGUCUCGGGGAUUAGAACCAGCGACCUUUCGGUUACUGGCACAACGCUCUUAACCACGAAAUCACCCCAGGGGUCGUCUGUUGCAAAACGUUAUGAAACAGAAACCGUAUACUCCAAACGAAAACGAGUUGGACUGUUGUUUAAAUUCAGGUAGGUCCAUCCCUGUUUUGUUCCGUUUGCUUCCGUUUUGGUUCUUAAAUGGUUAACAGUUUCUGUUGAAGAUGUAAUGAAUACACCCCAGCUAACCUUAGAUGGCUCACUAACAUUAGAUGGGCACGGAACCAAAGAUACUUACUUCUCCUUUAAUCUGUGACUGAAUUGUCGUUAGCCAACCUAGCUAGCUACCUGAACAUCAAUUGUAACCUGCUAGUUCACUCUAACUUCAUAUUUUAAUCUUUCAGAGACAAUUUUCAUCAUUCAUGGAGAUGUUGGGUAAAACAUCAUUGGAAAAAAUGGCGACGUUAAUGAAGGUGAUCAUGGUCGAAAGGGAGAGGACUGCCACAGGCAUGAGUGCCCAGAGGCCUGUCAGUCGGGCAAGGGGGACAGAGGAAGGAGCACCGAGAGGUACACACCCAUAGACUAUCUCAGAAAUACUUGAGAAAUUAGUAAUUUCUUGAAGUAUUUCUGACUAUAUCAGAGAAAUACUUACAUUGAUCAUUUAAUCAUUGGUCAUUCAAAGGUGUGAGCUGAAGUAUGCUAAUUGUAUGCAAAUGUCCAGAUGAACUAGCCCAUGUCAGCUAAUGUUUUUUUAUUUCGUUUUUUUAACCCAUAUUGUUGUAAUUUUUUAGUCACUCAAAUAUGACAUGAAUACACAUUAGACAUGGCGAAAUGUAUGGAAUUGCAGAACAUUUGCUUUAAAACUGAAAAAUCUUCUUUGCACCCAAUGACAAAAUGUGUAGAAUUGCAGGAAAUAAGCUGUAAACCUGCAAAAUUCUCUCCACCAACAAGAGGGGUGUGAACAGUUUGUGUCAUGAACAGUACUUGUGCCCAUAUAAAAAUAGAUGUGGCGUGUGCACGCAGGGGGGGCGUGGGAUGUUCCCCAAUGCUGGAAGGGGGGCCCCCGAGUGGGAAAAGUUUGGGAACCCUUGUUCUAGACUACUAAAAUGUAUACUCCUAAUUGACCCAUUUGGCUAGCUACCUUUCCAGAUAAUGUUAACAAACAAUGCACAUGUGUAUUUGUAUGAUGAAUACUAGGCAGAUUUUUAGCCAUAUCUAACUAAAAAGACAAGACCUUUUACAAUCGGAGUUCAUUAUAUCAAACAUUGAAGUAAAAUUCUUAGCUGAUUUUGAAUGUGAAAUAUUUUUAUGGUGUUUUAUGGUGCAUGUCUUUUUUAAUACACACUGUUUUUUAGGAGACAGUCUUCAUUUCCACAACUACUGCACUGACCCUCUCUCUGAGAGAGCUAAUCAAGUGGAGGAUUACUUUUACCCCCAGACCUCACCUGCCUCUGCCUCAGAGACACAAGAUGACCAGAGAAACACGGAGCCAAACUCAGGCAGGAAUGGAGAAGAUGCCCAGUUUGGAAGGGAAGCUACUGGAGGUACAUUGUACUUGAAUCAGUCAGCUAAUGGCAUUGUGGCACCACUAGCAUUAAGCCAACUUUUGAGUGAGUGUUUAUGAUAUAAGGAUACUCUGGACAAUCAGUCAAAACCAUUUAAAGUUAGUGCAUUUAUAGGGGGAAAUGCCACCAAUUAGACUGUAUGGAAUUAUUUUCUCUAUUCUCGUUAGUAUCGUGGCAAGGAAACAAAACACGAAGCGGGUUUAACUUUAGGAAAACAGACCUAAUGUUGGAAACAUUGUCAUCCAGAGUCACAUUUAUUUAUUUCCCAAGCUAUACCGCACAAUAUUUUACAUACAGCAGGUUUUUAAAGAACCAUAGAGCUUGGUCUGCUUCGUGUUUUACUCUCAGCCAUGGAAAGAAUAUUGUGAUGCUGGUAUCGUCCCGGCCCUAGUGUUUGCUGUUUAAAUUAUUUCAUAUCCACCAUCUCAUUCAUACAUGCAAUGCAGUAGUUUGUUUUACAUUUACGCCUCAACAACCACAAUUACCCUCUCUGUUGCAGAUGUGGUAUUGCUCUCUGAAUUUGAUCAUCAAGAGGAAGUUCACCUUAAUCCCCAGCUCUCACCUGCAUCAGACCGAGAGAAACAAGACGGCCAGCCCUCAAACAUGGAGCCAAACCCAGGCAGGAUUGGAGAUGAUGUCCAGCAUGGUGAUUCUUCAAAUACAGGCCAAAGUUCAGAUACAAGCGCUGCCACCGGAGCAGUGAAGAUGCCGUUCAUUUGCGACGUUUGUGGAAAGGGUUUCGAUUGGAGAUGCACACUUAAAGCCCACCGUAAUCAUCACACCAAACCCUUUAGCUGCCCGCAGUGUGGGAAAGGUUUUGGUACGAAGACUGGGUGUAAUAAUCAUCUCUUAGCGGUGCAUUCUAAAGAGAAGCCCUUCAAAUGUACAGAUUGUGGGAAGAUGUUUGCUUUGAGAAAAGGUUUCGACAAACAUAGGGAUUUCAACCCAACACAACAUACCUGCACAACAUGUGAAAAAUCAUUCUGUGGGGAACGUGCACUAAAACGGCACAACUUCAGUGAUCACCCGGAAAAGGCAUACAUCUGCUCUUUGUGUCCAAAAACCUUUCGGUCAUGGCCAACAUGGAAACGUCAUAAGGCAGAGCACUUGGAGAAGAACAAGUAUUGCUGUGAAACCUGUGGCAAGCUUUUCUGUUCAUCUUCAUCCUUAUCUUGUCAUCAGAGAACAAUUCAUAGAUGUCAUAAGGCAGACCACUCAGGGGAGAAGGGGGAGAAGUAUUGCUGUGACACCUGUGGCAAGCUUUUCUGUUCAUCUUCAUCCUUAGCCAGUCAUCAGAGAACAACUCAUAAAGCAAAGGCUUAUAGCUGUGAUGUAUGUGGCAAAGGUUUUAUGGGUAUAACCUAUUUCCAAAAACAUAUGACCUCCCAUAUUAGAAAAGGCCAU